UGGAUGGGAAAAAGAUGAACAAAGACAGUUCAUGCUUUGGUCCUUGAUUAGUGAGGAAACGAAGAUCAUUAUGAUGUAGGUCGCGAGAGUAGUCAGGGCAGAGCAUAAGCAAGCAAUGUCAGUUCCUCUUGCUCCGUAUCCAACACCUCCCGUGCUAUCAAAUGGUGUACAAAGCCAGCUUGUGUGUUCAGGGUGCAGAAACCUCCUUUCGUAUCCUCUGGGAGCAGCAUCAGUAUGCUGUGCCGUUUGCAGUGCAGUAACUGCUGUGCCACCUCCUGGUACAGAAAUGGCUCAACUAGUUUGUGGAGGAUGCCACACUCUCCUGAUGUUCAUACGCGGAGCAACUAGCGUCCAUUGUUCUUGUUGCCGCACAGUUAACUUGGCUCAAGAAGCAAAUCAAGUGGCACAUGUAAAGUGUGGAAAUUGCCGUAUGCUAUUGAUGUACCAAUAUGGAGCAAGAUCAGUGAAAUGUGCAGUCUGCAACUUUGUAACUUCAGUUGGGACUUCCACAAGCACUGAUCGGAAACAAAGUAACUGAAUCCAUGGAGUCGAGGAUACAGCAGCAAUCAGUGCCCUCUUGAAUUCUCUUCUUCCAGCUCUUGCUGUGUUGUUUCCUUCACCUUCUUUGCAGCAGAAGAUUACAGAGCUUGUCUUCUGCUUUUACAGUUUGCGGUUUGCUGCAUGAAUGAGUGUGAAGUUCAUUUUAUGGAGUGCAUUUCAUAUUCUAAG